AUGGUAAAAAAGCUCCUUAUGCUUUUAUUUGCUUUGCUUGCUCAAAUUUAAUUCUCAUCAUAACAGAGCUAAGUAUAAUAUCUUAACAGACCGAAUCCUUUUGUCAAGAUGAAAGUAGACAUAUUAGAUACUGUACCUUAGGGUGAAUUUUAUAUCACCCUUACUGUGCAGCAUAUGGAUAUAAGUGGAUGGAAUGAAACUACAACAUCGAUAAAUUCUCAAUAUUACUUUUCUAUCCUGAUAAAUUUUGGAUCCCAAGAAAUUAAUACUGAGGAUAUCGUGAGAUGUACGAUUGAUCAUUCUAAUCUAUUUGUUGGCUUUUAUUGCAUCGAUUAAACCUAUAACAACUAAACUAAUAAAUUUGAGACUGACGAUUCACAGGAUAUCUCAAGCCCUUACACUUGGAGGAGUGAUGUUUAUUUGGGUACUUUAAAUAAAUCUUACUUCGAAUUUUCAUUCUUGAGACCUUUAAGUAAUGAUGAUGAAAAAGAUAAGUAAUUUUCAAAUCAACUAUCUAGAACCGUUGAUAAUCCGAUAACUAUCACUCUUGAAUAAGGAAAGUAUCAGGCAGCUUCUGAUAAUGCUGAGCAAGAAAGUUAAGUUAUUAUAUCUAGCGUUUCCUUUAGAACAAGUAUCGAAAUUUCUUCAGCUUUUUAACUUUUGAUGAAUGGGAAAUUAAUUUUAGUACUUGGAUCUUUAGCAUAUAUUUUAGAAUCUUUUGUUUGA